UCCCGAGGUCCCGGAUGAAGAAUAGCCGCUGGCUCACGUGUAUUAAACAAAACACAGACGGUGGUUUGAUGUGUUUGCAGUUUGAUGGUCUCUGUGUAGAGCAGCGGUGCAGCUCGGGCCCCUGAGAGACAGUGAUCGUUUUAUUAACAUCACGCCGCUCCAGUGGAUACUGUCUGGUGAGGAAUGGCGGAGGGAGGCUUUGACCCUUGUGAGUGCAUCUGCACGCAGGAGUACGCAAUGAGGCGUCUCAUCAAUUUGCUGAGGCAAUCUCAGUCCUACUGCACAGACACAGAGUGCCCUCAGGAACUGCCAGGUCCCAGUGGGUCAGUGGGCGGGGGAGGUGACCUGACCCUCCCCAUGGUUCUGAUGGGAUGGGCGGUGUUAGCCCUGGUCCUGUUUUUGCUGCGCCCAUCCAGUCUCAGGGGAACCCAUCAUUCUGGCAAGCCCAGUGGACCCCGCAACAGUGAUGGAAGAGAGCCCCCAGCACCACCUAUCGACUAGCAGUGGAGCCAAACAAACAGCAAAUGUACACCUCCUCUGACUGGAGUUGCACAGUAGCUGCAACCAGGACAGCACCAUCUGUCUUUCUGUCAACAUUCCCUCACAUAUCUUUUUCUUUCUUCUUCUGAUGCUGCCACAGACUUGUCUUUGAUUUCUUAUUACUAGAGUCCAACUAAUCAACGAGGCCAGCACAACUAUGAUAUUUAAAGGGGACCUAUUAUAGCUCAUGUCCAGCUCCAAAACUUAUUUUACUCAAUUACAAUGGCAUGAUUUAGAGUUUGAAAUGAUCCUUUUUUAGGUUAUACUUGUCCUGGUGCAGCUCCUUAGCUGGAGAGGUGUUAGCCCCUCCCUCUUUAAGUCAGCUUCAUUCUUAUUCGCUGCCAUGCGCAGAAUUUGAAAUGAAGGUGGGUGUAGCUUCUAUGCUUACAGUCAGAGCUACAAGCCUGAUAUCAAUUAAGGAUUACUGCUCUCACUGACAUCACAAAGGAGGAAGAGUAGAAAAAAACUGAGCAACUUUGACCGUAUUUAGUAUGAGCAUCCACCCAUGUAAAAGCAUAUAUGUGACACACAUGGGGAAAAUGGUGAAAAGCAAAAUAUGUUCUCUUAAAAACAGUUGCAUUUCUCAAUUUAAAAGAUUUUAUCCAGAGGAAUGUGAUAAUAGCUGAACACAAUCACAUAAAAAAUAUAAAACUUGGUACGACACAUGGCUUUUCAUAGCAGAAGUACACACUCAACUACCAAACAGCUGUGGCUUAAAAAUAUAUAUCAGUUGGAUUUGCUUAAAUGAGCAAUCGCAGGCAUCAGAGCUGGUCCCUGAUCCCAGCUCUGAUGCCUGCGGAUCUGCAGAGACUCGGAUGCAAAUCUAUGAUGAAGGAAUGUGUCACAUAAUCGGGGAAGAAGGGAGGGGGCAGUAGUAAAGAGUUCCUGUUGAAUCGUUAAUUUGUUUUUCCGGUGCUUGAAAUAACAAAGGGUGGAGGGUCCUUCAGUCUCUCUCAAACAUUCCACACUUCUUACUUUAUGAAGAUAAAACUCUAUACGGUGCCAGUAACCAUGACAUUUUGUAUCAUGUUUUAGUUUCAUAUUUAACCCUGCAGAAUUUUUUUGAUAAGGUUAUAGUCUCAUUACAGUAACACAACAUAGGAUUCUUAAUGCAGUGAGUAAGUCUAGUGUGUUUACAUUCAGGCCUUGGUGAGAUACUCAUCUGACUCAAGCAGGUAGUCGGCUCUGCUAUAUUGACUGUAAGGCUGUCCCUUUAAAUAAGGUGGUGCAGCAGCACGUUUGAAGGACAAAAUUGAAGUUGAUCUGUAAAAUGUGAGCAAAAUAUUUGAUGCACACACCAGAGAAAACUAUUAUUCACCUCCAGUAAUACAGAGAUGCUUAGCCUCAUUUGACAAAAUGAAACUAUCUGCAGUUAUAUCAUCGUAUGUUAGGAUGAUUGUGUGUAUUAUUGUGCUUUAAAAGAAAGUUGUACUAGUACCCAAAAUAAUACAUUAUUAGCACUUUUUUGAUUCCUUUUGGAGGUCUUGUGUACAGAUUAAGCUUUCUAAAAGAUGAACGCAAUCAAAGUUUCUGCUUCACAACUUCAGUACCACGGUUUGUCAGUGGAAAUUAAUGAAACGUGCCAAUGUGAGUUUUUAGUUUCGAAUUAUUUGUGUUGAAAUGGCAAUACUGAGGGGUCCUUUUAUGAUUUUCACUUUAUUUGGGAAUGAUUUUUCAUUUUCCACAUUUUAAUUGGGAACAUUACCGAUACUGGAGCCUUACCAUAAAUAAAUAUAUAGCUCCCUCCUAUUGUAUUGACCCACACAAAGCAACAAAACCAUUGAACCCACAUGUUUUCAGAACCAUCAGCUGAGUGAGUCUGUUUGUGUUUUGUGAACAUCUGUAUAGUGUGUGGUUAUUAAAGUGUAUAUGAGCCUUGGGAUAUAUCCCAGGGUGUCUGUGAUACCAGAAAUUACAUGCAUUAAUCUUAAAAUGGAAGAGUAUUUGUUGAAUGCAUGGAGGGAGUUUUAAACACAUCUGAAUCUGGCUGCUCUUCAUUAUCAGCGAAAGUCCUCUGAAUUAUGUUGUACUAUGGCUUUCUAGGGUUGUUCUGCGAGGUCACGGGGAAGAGCUGAAAGAUUGAAAAUGCUGGGUCAAUUGUAUGGUAUCAAUGGGGAAGCCAUGAGACUAUUGAGAUGAUUGGUGGCAUCAAGUAGACCUCAAUUUACACUGUUACUGUUUAAGAGUAAAAGGGCUUCAACUAUGCACUUUUCCUACAACAAAACAGAAAAUAAAAAGACUUAUGUCUGAA